AUGUCUGCGGAUGGUACUUCAGACCGGAUCGAUACUCUGCUAGCCACAGCAGAUGCUGCCAUCAAGGCGGAUGAGCUGCAGAAGGCUGCCGAGGCCUUGAGAGAGGCUUCGCAUCUGGACUCCGAAAAUGCUAAGGUCAAGGAGCGAUGGGCUGCCCUGCAGAAGUUAGACGCUGGCAGCGACGUCUUCGAGCUCCUACGCAACUAUAUCACAACACAGAACGAGGAAGGCGGACAGAAAGCUCUUAAAUUACUGAAGGCCAAGCAAUUACCAUCGAAGGACGCAUUACAGGCUGUUGAGCUGCUCCUCGACAUCACUAAGUCCCUGCCGCUUCUGGACGGGCUGACUGGAAGCCUUCUGUCUCGCAAUGUUGAGGCUCGCAAGUUCGUCACUUCUCGCUUCGCGGACAAUGCCACGGAAACAUUCGAGCUGUUCUUCGAGCGGGGUGAGGAAUCGUUCAACGCGCUGGCUACCAUCCCUCUGGAUAACGCGGUGUGGGCUUCCACUGAUCAGCAGACCACGGCACAGAAGGACCUCUUCCGCCUUUGCGUGGCGACAUUGAUUGAGGCGGGCGCAGAUCACCUGGAACGCAUCAUGCGCUGCAUUGCCCGUCUGCUGUCUUUAGUACCGGCGGUCGUCGCGGAUAUUGUAGACGACGAGGUACUGGACUCGAUCCUGUCGUGUCUGGAUCUUCGCAUGUCGGCUUCCUUACGGAGUCAGGCAAUCUUGGCCACUUCGAAAGUACUGGAAGCCACCAAGGAGAGAGGCGAGGAGUUGUUCUCGAAUUUCAUCACAGAGCGGGCCGCCAAGCAGACGAACAAUGAUCUAAUAAUUGCCUUUUCAGCGGCUGCGGCAGUUUUCCCAAUCAUUCCUGCAGUCACAGCGAAGCUGUUCCUCAUUGAUGGAUUUGUCCAACAGCUCGUCCCGAACCUAGAGAGGAACUGGGAGGAAGGUGCUGCCGGCAAGAGGAAAAGCCACAGCUUAGAAACUUCGGCACUGGAACUAUUGAGUGCAGCUUGUCUCGACAAAGCCUGCCGAGAAGCAAUAGAGCGAUAUUGCUCGCACUGGCUCAGAAAUCUCACUGAGGAACGCGAAGGCACUCACAAGGCGCUGGCAGCCCUCGUCCUUGCCAAGAUCAGUGCCGACGCAGGCGAAGAAGUCACCUCUAAGCUUGAGCAGUUGGUACUCGCUGCUGACCCGGAGGCCGAUCAAGCCAUUGAGGGUCUAGCGUACACCUCGCUCCAGCCGAAGAUCAAGGAGGAAAUCGUGUCAAAUUCGAGUGUCAUGAAACAGCUGGUCAAGUCCCUGAGAGAGCGCCCUCCAGCGGUCUUUGGAUGUCUCACCGUCUUUGCAAAUAUUACAGCUUACCUCCCGAGCUUGUCAGAAGAACAGAAGAAGAUGUCCCAGCUCAAAGCCUACGCCAACUCCGAGCAGCCGACCGCGGAAGACCCUCUGGACGACGAUGCGCAUGUCACCAAGCGCUGUCGCGCAGUGCUCGAUGCAGACAUUGUUCCUGCAUUGGUCGCUUGCAGCAAACAGACAGCAUCGCCAACGAGUCUCGCCCUCGUCGUCCGCAUCCUGCUAGCUCUGGCACGAGAGCAGAAACACCGCUCCACGAUGGCGCAACAAGGCGCUGUGAAAUUACUCCUACAGAUCAGAGACCGUCUCAAUAAGACCGAUAAAUCAACGGCCGAAGCUUCAGCCAUCGAACGCAAUGCCGCACACGCCCUAGCCCGGAUCCUCAUAUCUAUCAACCCUUCCCACGUCUUCUCCACAACACUCCCUGCCUCAUCCGCGGUCUCCGCCCUCGCCCCUCUGCUCUCGCAAGACAACGAUACCUCGCAGCGCAACCUCCUACCUGUCUUCGAAUCUCUCCUCGCCCUUACUAACCUCGCCUCGCUUCCGGAUCCAAGCAUUCUGGAUCUUCAACUUCGCCUCGUAUGGUCUGAGCUGGAAGACCACCUUCUCUUUUCUCCCAACACCCUCGUCCAGCGCGCCAGCGUCGAGCUCGUCUGCAACCUCAUGGCCUCCGCUGCCUGCGUCGGCAAGUUCGUCGGCGAUGGCAGCAAGCGCGAAGGUGCGCGGAUGCAGAUCUUACUCGCGCUCACUGACGUUGAAGACAUGGCCACCCGCCGCGCUGCUGGAGGUGCACUGGCUAUGUUGACCGAGUGGGACGCAGCUGUGGAGAAGGUUCUGGAGCAGCAGAGUCCCGAUGGAGUGAAAGCCGUGCUGAAGAUGUGUGGAGACACGAAUGAGGAGGUGAAGCAUAGAGGUUUCGCGUGUCUGGCGAAUGUUGUCAAUGCGCCGGACAAGAUUGGGGAGAGAGGGGUGCGGUUGGUGAAGGAGAAGGGAGGGGCGGAUGCUGUGAAAGAGGCGCUGAAGGCGACGAAGAAUCGGGAUGUGAUGCAGAUUGGCGUUGAGAUGCUGAAGAAGAUCAUGUGA